AUGAAUUCUCCUCGGAUACUGCAGUUGCCACGGCGCAUCCCCUCGACUCGCGCAUUCGUUUCCCCCCGAUCCUCACUACGAACCCUGAGCACUGGCGCACAACAGACUACCUCGGCCCCAUCAUCACCAUGGACACGGCGACUUAUCUAUGUCGGGAUAUUCGGAGGUCUGGGCAUUGGAGUUGGGAAAUUAAUAGGGCAAAGGAUCGCGCCACCACCAGUCCCAGGGUCUCCCGAGGACCAGAAGCAGCUCGAGAAACUCGAACGGGCCUAUGAAAUCGGACUCCCGAUCGUGAAGCAAUUACGAGACGACCCGGAUUAUGUCGAAUCAGGCGUAUACGAAUACUUUUCGGACGAACAAAAAGCCCAUCGUCUGACCUCUGGACCCUUGGCUGGGAGCAGGGGAUUGGGACUACAGUCCCUCUUUUUCCCGAAUGACUUGCAACUGCCGAAGCUGUUAAAUGCCGAACCUCGGGAUCCCGUCUACAAUGUACUAACCCGUUUCGUGAACCGACAGAAAGUAUUCUGGAACGACAAGGAUCAGAAGAUCGUUAGCGUCGUGGCAUUUGGCUCCGGCAUCGAAGGAUGGCCAACUAUGGUGCAUGGCGGUGCACUUGGCACCGUACUUGAUGAGAAUCUCGGACGUGCUGCGAUACGACGUUUCCCGGCCCGUACUGGUGUCACUGCGAACCUCAACAUAAACUACCGCGCGCCCGUCUACUCGGAUAACUUCUACUCCCUGCAUACAACCCUGGACCAAGAACGAAGCACGGACCGCAAGGCUUAUGCCAAGUGUGAGCUUCGUGAUAUGACAGGGCGCGUGUGUGUGGAGGCGUCUGGCCUUUUCGUUGUUCCUAAGAAGCUCCGGCUGCGAACGAUUGGAGAGACCUUUUGA